AUGAAGUUUCGUGGUCGGAGAGCUCUGAUGAAUCCAGCGGGCUCGAAUAGCUCGCAUGAGGAAUUCAAGGAAACAUCUGUCGAAAUCGUGACUGUAUCGGGUAGGGCAUUGGAGGACGAUUCGGCACAGAUUUUGACUGUAGCGGAGGACUUUUCGAGUUCGGAUGAUAAUAUUGAGGGCUCGGAUGGGGAACCGGAAGAUUAUGACGAGGGAUUGCUGCAAGCUGAUUGGUCCAACGGGAACGAGGAUCAGCCGAGCGGAGGCGCUGCUGGGGGAAGCAGGUCGGUGGGGGGGCUUCCCCCUCCCACAUGGCGACAAAAUUUGCCGCCGUCUCCGCCGCUCGUUCCUACAGGCCCCAGUCAGGUGGUUUGCGUGGGGGAGGCGGUUCGGGAAUUCGUUCCAGUUGUGCGACGCAGCUCGCGGCAAGCCCCUGACGAGAUAUUUGCCACGUGGCGCAAUCUUCAGUGGGUGCCUCCUGAUUUCGCGCGCGCCCCGGGCGGGCCGGCGUGCCAGGUGGCCGUCGCGCUGGCGCGGCUGAAUGCUGACGUGGCGUUCGUGGGAGCAGUAGGGGAUGACGAGGCGGGGCAAGCGUUUUUGGAAAUCUUGGACGCGAAUGGCGUGUCGACACGUGGCGUGGAGAUGCAAGCUGGAUUGAGAACCGGAGAAAAGCUAAUUUCCCUAGAAAAGGCGCAAGUGCAAGAAAAAUACGAAGAUCCAAAGGCGAGGGAGGAGUUAGAAUUACGAGAAGGAGAGGUGAUUAGAGGGGGGGUGGUGAUUAAAAAGAGCGGCAGCGGGUCGAGUAAGAAUGCGGGCACUGCAUGGCGUGUCGGCUUCCCAUUGGCUGAGGAGGCGCGUGACGUGGCAGGGCAAGAGGAAGAAGAAGGGGAAAAGGAGGAAGAGGGGAAGGAGCCAAGCGAGGAGAGGGGUGAUGGGGAGCGGAGAGUAAAGGCGGCGGCAGCGGCAGGCUCUGGGGGAGGUGUAUCUGAAGACGCACAGGACGUGCUGAGGCAGUGCUCUUCGUCCCUUCUGGUACCACUCAGCAGACCUUCUAACCGCAUUCCACUCCUGUCGUCUCCCCCUCCCCUUCCCUUUCAGGCCUCGUGGGUUCACUGUACCUCCAUGUCUCUCGCCACCCCUUCCGACCGCACUGCACUCCUCGCCGCACUAGACGCCGCAGGCUGCCACCCACUCGCGUCCUCCACUUCCUCCCCACCGCCUUCACACUCCCUCACCCCAUCCUCCCCCCACUCCCCCCACUCCUCCCACUCCUCCCCCCACUCUCCCUCCUCCUCCCCGCGCCUCUUUCUCGACGUGAACCUCCCUCUCUGCCUCUGGGCCUCCCGAGCCUCAGCCUUGGCAGCGCUGGAUCCGGUUUGGCGCCGAGCCUCGGUGGUGGAGGUGUCCCGUGCCGAAGCUGAGUUCCUGGUUGGGGAGGAGCGGUUCUUGCGGCGGCGGCAGGCUCGGGUGCGAUAUGCCUCGGACUCGUACCUGACGCUGAGGGGGGAGAGGGAGGAGGGGGAGGGGGAGGGCGUGUAUCACUGGAAACCGGAGGAAUUAGCUGGGCUGUGGCAUGAAGGGAUGGAGUUGCUACUGGUGACUCAUGGGACCAUGCAGGAGGGGGAGGGCGAGGGCGUGUAUCACUGGAAGCCGGAGGAAUUGGCUGGGCUGUGGCAUGAAGGCAUGGAGUUACUGCUGGUGACUCGUGGGACCAUUCAGGUGCACUAUUACGGGAGGGGCUUUCACGGGUGGGUGGAGGGCACAGAGGACGUGCUAAUCGCUGCCAUGACGUGUGAUCGAGCUGGGUCGGGGGACGCGCUGGUGGCAGGUCUCUUGCGCAAGCUCUCCACCAACCCCUCUAUUCUACGCGACCCCGACGCCCUGGAGAGGGCCAUUCGCUUUGCCAUUUCCGCCGGAGUGAUUUCCUCGUGGACCACCGGGGCUAACGAGCGAAGGGAGAGACUGGUGAAAGCGAGCAGAGACGUGACUAUACAGAGCAAGAAGAUCAUCUUCGCCAUCCACAGAGCCACAACCCCCCGCGCCCUGGCGGCAGCAGCGCAGCAACUGGCGGCCCUACGCGCACACCACAUCGCUCAAGUGGCUCGCGAUCUGAAUGCAGAGGACUACUGGCGCUUCACACGCGCGUACACGUGGGGGUUGCAAGAGUAUGUGGAGGCGGCGUCUUUCCUGCACUUCCGCCAAACAGGCCAACUGCUUUCUCUGGCCCAGGUGAACGGUGCGUUUGAGGGCAUUCUGGACCGCGACGGGCGAACCUUUCACGUGCAUGCUGCUGACUAUGUGCUGGGGGUGGGUGGAGGAGGGGAUGAGAGGGUGGAGCGAGGGAAGAGGCCACGGGAGCAACCCGAGGCUCAACCAGAGGCUCGAGCCGCCGAGUCUGCUGGCGCAUCCGAGCCUGCUUCUGGGGCCGAGUCUGCGGCGGAGGCCAGAGAUAGGGAAGGAGCAGUGGAGGUGGAUGCGGAUGCGUGUCGGCUGUUCGUGCAGCGGCUGUAUGCGGGGUUCAGCCUGCUGCCGAGGAGCAGUGAGAUGGGGAAGGAGAUGGGGAAGAAGAUGGACGUGAUGCUUGCGAGUCUUAACAAGAUUGAGAACGUGUCAUACACGCGUUUUGUGCGAGGGUCAGAGUACCCAGAAGAAUUUCUGCAGCUGGGAUUGGAGGGGAGAGAGGGCGGAGCAGAGGGGGAGUGA